AUGAUCGUCAAAGGCUCAUUUGAAAGACUCAGUCCCCCAGUUCUGCCUCUCUGCAGCAGUUUGGAAAUCAAAAACGCAAGUGAAAAAUGUUUCAAACUGGAACCGUCCGAGAUAAACAACGGCUGCUUUGUUGCCGUGCUGACAAGAGAGGAUCCUUCUGGGACAGUCUCAGUCAAAGAUGUUUUGGCUCGAGCUGCAGCAAAGGGGCUCUUGGACGGUAUCAAAACAAUUAAACCAGCAAAGAAAGAAAGGAGGAAAUCCAAGCCAGCAACACAGACAACCAUUGCAAGCAGUGGAAUCCAGGACAGAAUCACAGAGUUCUUGAAAAAAGAGAGUAAAGAGGCCACUAACAUUGUAAUAAAGCCUUACAGUAGCAAUAGUUCCUUGUUCAGGGAGAGCAAGACAUGCAUUUCUAAUCCACCAAAGAGACUCCCCAAGGCCACUCCUUCCAUGUCAAAGAUGAGUCCAGUGAAAAAGAUUAUUUCUAGAAGUUCAGCCACAGAACGGCAUUAUGAACGUCAUCGCUCUAGUGUUGCAAGGCCAAAACAUGAAGAAAUGUCUGUACUGAAGCCAGUGGAGAUGAUCCUCCCUCCAGUGAUUCCUUGUUCUAACAGUUCCUAUGGGUGUAACAGCAAAAGCCCCCCUCAUCUCUCAUAUUUUCUUUGGAAGGGUAGACACAGUCUUCCAAGGAGCUUACUAACACUGACAUCUUCUACAAAAAUGAGCAAACAUAGUGGCACUCCAACUUCACCUGCCAAGCCCUCCCGACCGUGGUUAUGA